AUGGAGAAGGGCGUUGGCGAGAAGGCGGACUCGGUCCCUGCCUACGACCACCCCCAGAAGGCCGUCGAUGUCAAGGAUGCCGCGUACGGAGAGGCCGCUGACAUCUACGGCGAUGCUGAGGCCGCCGAGCGAUACGGCUAUGUUUCUAGAGGGCUGAAAUCACGACACAUCCAGUUCAUCGCCCUCGGAGGGACGAUUGGAACAGGUCUCUUCCUGGGUAUCGGGCGCGCGCUCACCCAGGGUGGUCCCCUCUCUCUGCUCAUCGGCUACACCUUUGUCGGUCUCGCCAUCUUCGGCAUGAUGAUGUCGCUGGGUGAGAUGGCGACGUGGCUCCCGUUGCCCGGUGCGAUCCCGCAGUUCUGCGCCAGAUACGUCGACGACGCCGCUGGUUUCGCCGUCGGAUGGAAUUUAUGGUAUCAAUGCGCGAUCACGCUCUGUGUCGAGAUCUCUGCGGCCGCCGUCAUCAUCCAGUACUGGCCUGGCGCAAAAGACAUCAACGUCGCGGCGUGGAUCGGUCUGGUCAUCGCCAUCAUCGUCUUCCUCAACGUCUGGGCCGUCUCCGUCUACGGUGAGGCCGAGUUCAUCUUCGCCAGUAUCAAGAUCGUCACCAUCCUCGGUCUGCUUCUCCUCUCCCUCAUCAUCGAUCUCGGUGGUGGGCCAACCCACGACCGUAUCGGCUUCAGAUACUGGAAGAACCCCGGAGCCAUGAACGAGUACUUCGGCACCGGCGACAAGGGACGUUUCCUCGGUCUCUUCUCUACCCUCGUCAACGCUGCCUUUUCCUUCGGUGGUGUCGAGUCCGUCGCCUGUGCUGCGGGAGAGGCAGAGAACCCGCGCAAGAACAUCCCCAAGGCCGUCAAGCGUGUCUUCUGGCGUAUCCUGUUCUUCUAUGUCCUCGGUGCUCUCUUCCUGGGUAUGCUUGUGCCGUAUAACGACAAGAACCUGCUCUCGGCCCAGAAGAACAACGAGCCCGGUGCGGCUGCCUCGCCUUGGGUCAUCGCCAUCCAGCGUGCUUCCAUCCCCGUCCUCCCUUCCAUCAUCAACGCCGUCAUCCUCACCUCCGCCACCUCGUCUGGAAACGCCUUCUUGUACACCGGAAGCAGAUACCUCUACAGUCUCGCCCAGAACAAGCAGGCUCCCCGCUUCCUCCUCCAGUGCACCAAGCAGGGCGUCCCGAUCUACGCGGUGCUGGUGACCGCCUCCGUCUCCCUCCUCACCUUCAUGGCCUCCACCACCGGCUCGGCCACCGUCUUCAUCUGGUUCCAGAACCUGACCACCAUCGCCUCCCUCUUCAACUGGGUCAACAUCCUCGUCGCAUACAUCCGCUUCCACGCCGCCCUCAAAGCCCAAGGCGUAGACCGCGACACCCUCAUCCUCAAGUCCCCCUUCCAGCCCUACAUCGCCUGGGUCGCCCUCAUCUUCUUCUCCAUCAUCAUCAUCUUCAACGGCUUCGACACCUUCAGCCCCUUCAAGUUCAAUACCUUCUUCACCGCUUACGUGGGUAUCGUUGUCUACUUCGCCCUCUUCAUCUUCUGGAAGGUCUUUAAGCGGACCAGAUGGAUCCCCUCGGCUGAGGCAGACAUCUUCACUGGCAAGGCUGCCAUGGACGCCGUCGAGUGGCCGCAGCAGAUCCCCAGAAACGUCAUCGAGAAGAUAUGGUUCUGGAUCGCGUAG